AUCCCUAAUGAAAAGUGAGGUUAAGAUUGAGUUCAGUUUUGAGGACUCUUGAAGAGAUUCCAAGAAAUUCUUGUUUUUAAAUAGUAACAGCAACUAAAACCAGUGGACACACAUUCCUAAAUCAAAUUCCUACCUAUUCAAAUUACCACAUUUGUCCAAACCUGAAAUCUAUUGCUUAUAGAAUCCUUUUGGGAUGUCGAGUGAAGUAACAGAUACCCCAAAAAGACAGUUUACCCCAGAAGAAUGGAUUUAUUUGACCAACUAUUUUGUGGGAAACAAUUAUAGGUACAGGGAAAACAUAAUAAUUCCGAGAAAUUUAGGACCUGUUCAUAUAAAGACCAAUGAAGAAAAAAUGGUCGAAGCCUUCUUCGAGGGCUGCCCAUUUAAAGUUAUCAUGAGCUGUGUAGCAGGAUAUGGAUUGGGUGCAGUAAUAGGACUUUUCUCUUCAAGUAUCGGUCCUCAAUCGAUCACCAGCGUAGAAACUCAAACUACUAGACAAGUUUUUAACGAAAUGAAAACCACCACUUUGAGUUAUGCUAAAAACUUUGCAAUGAUUGGAGCUCUAUUUUCAGGAGUCGAAUGUACAAUAGAAACGAUGAGAGGUAAAUCAGAUUGGAAAAAUGGAACUUAUGCUGGAGCUGUAACAGGUGGUAUGAUAGGACUUAGAGCUGGCGUAAAGGCAGGCAUUGUAGGAGCAAUGGGAUUUGCAGCAUUCUCGACAGUAAUAGAUUAUUAUAUGCACUCACGUUUUUAACAAGAUUUUGGUCUUUUAGUUUCUUAAUUUAUAUUGUAUAUUAUAUUAUGUGUUUUUUGUUAAUAAAAAAAUAUUCCUUAAAUAAUGCCGAUUUAUUUGUUGUAGGUAGA